AUGGCUUCUCACGCUAGCCCUCCGCAUAUCACCGUCCUGGGCUCUCUCAAUAUGGAUCUCGUUUCUUACGUCCCACAUCAUCCCCUGCCUGGUGAAACACUUACUUCAAGUCACUUCAAUACUUCGCCUGGAGGCAAAGGCGCCAACCAGGCUGUGGCAUGUGGCAAGCUUUCCCGCGACUCCGACCUGAGCAGCCCUUCGGCUACUAUCUCAAUGGUCGGUGCCGUUGGCGCGGAUCCAUAUGGUACUCUUCUCCUUGACAGCCUUCGCUCUUUUGGUGUUGUCGUUGAUGCGGUCGCCGUUCGAGAGGAUCAGAAGUCUGGCCUGGCCAUUAUCAUUGUUGAUGAACCGACGGGCCAGAAUCGAAUCAUCGUGUCUCCUGAGGCGAACCACUCUCUUCAACCAGCUGAGUUCAAAACUCUCCCUGGGCCCCGCCCCGAUCUUCUUAUUAUGCAGCUCGAAAUUCCUUUUGAAACGGUCAUGCAGGCUUUGAAGGCUGCUAAGAAAGAUGGUGUUCCCGUUCUGCUCAACCCAGCCCCGGCCCAGCCCUUGCCUGUGGAUGCGUAUGAUGGGCUAGCCCAUCUCGUGGUUAAUGAAACAGAAGCAGCCAUCCUUGCCGACUGCGCCGAGUCUGAGCUUGAUGAUAUUGACGGCUUGAACCGCGUUGGUCGUGUCUUCAUCGAUCGUGGGGUUUGCAAUGUCAUUAUCACUUUGGGAGGACGCGGCGUCUACUUCGUCAACAACCGCGGUCAGAGUGCAUUGCUCCCUGCAACCAAGACGACUGUGGUGGAUACCACAGCCGCUGGCGACACCUUUGUUGGCUCUUACGCUUUGGCCGCAGUGGCCGCCAAAGAUGGUCAGUUUGACAUUGAGGCUGCUGUCACUGCGGCGAACCGCGCUGCUGCCUUGACCGUUGCGCGAAAAGGCGCCCAGAUCUCUAUCCCUUGGAAGGACGAACUAUAG